AUGUCGCGCGCGCGGGACGAGUCUUCCGUCGUCGCGCUUCGACGCGCGGCGUCGCUCGCGUCGCACCUCGCGACGACGUCCCCGCGUCGCGCCGCGACCGCCGCGUCGCCGCGGCCGCCGGCGGUCGUUCGAUCGCCCGAGGAAUUCGAAGCCGUCGUCGGCGUCGCGCUGGGUCCCAGUCCGUGGCAUCUCGUCACGCAGGCCGUCGUCGACGCGUUCUCGGACACGACCGGGGACCACCAGUUCAUCCACAAGGCGGGCGCGGAGACGAUGUUCGGCGGGCCGAUCGCGCACGGGCUCCUCACGCUGUCGUUGCUUCCGACGCUCUUGAAGGGCGUGUUACCGAGACACGAGUGGAUGGGUCAAGAGUUGAACUGCGGGUUCAACCGCGUCCGGUUCUUAUCCCCGGUGCCGGUCGGGUCGCGGAUCCGCGCGACCGCGAAGGUGAUCAAGGUGAAACGCAUAGGCGGCGGGAGCGGAGGCGGGGGCGAGGGCGUGGAGUCGAUCGUCGCCGUGGAGGUUCACGGCGACGGCGGCGACGACGGAGAGAGGAAGCCGGCGUUGGUCGCGGAAUGGGUAACGCGUCAGUACGCGAAGUGA